AUGUCGCCUGCCGCUGCAGUCUCUCCCGCCGCCGAACUCGGCCACGUUCGCUUCAUCCCCCUCAGAUACGACAACAGUGACUCUCAACGCUCGGCAAUGAAACUCAUCCUCGCCCUGUUUCCUCACUGGGCCAAGGACGAAGCUCACAUUGAUUUUGUCCGUUUCACCGACGGUAUCACCAACACCCUGCUCAAGGCAGUCAACCGCCGUCCCGGGCUUACCAAAGCUGAAAUCGACAAGGAUGCUGUCCUGCUCCGUGCCUACGGAAACGGUACCGACGUCCUCAUUGAUCGCGAGCGCGAGGCAGCAAAUCAUGAACUUCUCAUGAGAUACCACCUGGCUCCCCAGCUGCUGGCUCGAUUUGGCAACGGCAUGCUCUACCGCUUCAUCCCAGGCGCCGUCGCUCAGCCCAGAGAUCUAGCCGAUCCUGCCAUCCUCAAGGCCAUUGCUCGUCGACUGGCCCAGUGGCAUGCAACCGUGCCAUGUAUCCCCGACUCGUCGCUUCGGCGAAACAGCUCCACCAACGGUGACGCUAGCACUAAUAACAAUACCGUUCUACUCAGCGCCGCUGCCGGAAAGCCUAUCCCCAAUGUCUGGACGACGAUGCAAAAGUGGAUCUUGGCCUUGCCUACAGACACAGAGCCGCGUCGUGAGAGAAGAGCUCUGCUGCAAGAGGAACUUGAAAGCAUGGUCAAGCGUCUUGCCCAUCGCCCUGGAUUGGGUAACAACGGGCUCGUAUUUGCCCACUGCGACCUCCUCUGCGCCAAUGUAAUCAUUCAUAGGGAUGGCGAGAGGGAGCCGUCCGUCAGCUUCAUUGACUACGAGUACGGGACUCCAUCUCCGGUUGCCUUUGACAUUUCAAACCACUUUGCCGAAUGGGUUGGUUACAGUUGUGACUAUGCCGCCAUUCCCACCAAAUCGCAACGUCUCGCAUUCAUCCGGGAGUACAUUGCCUCAUACGUCAAACUGUCUGGCGAGGUGAUGGAUGAGGAACAGGAGACUCAAAAGCUGAUGGAGGAGGUGGAUGUGUUCAGGGCUGUUCCAGGCUUCUUUUGGGGUAUCUGGUCCUUGAUCCAGGCCACCAUCUCUCACAUCGACUUUGACUACGCCUCAUACGCCGAGAAGCGGCUUGGCGAGUACUGGGCUUUCAAGGCCGAAGACGACGGCAGCCGUGCAGCAUCUGGCAAGAAAAUACCUCUACGAGAAGAGAAAUGGGCGAGCAGCGAAUGA